GGAAAAGUCAACAUUACGAAUUCAGUUUUAAAGCUCUCAUUGAGUGAAGUGGAAGUGAGGCUGUUGUUGGAGGAGGUAUCGGUGGGACGUAGCAAUGGGUGUAAUAUUCAACUGUGUUCAGCUAUUACUCUUGUGGUUGGCAGCGACAUCUAGCCGCUUGGCCGUGGCCGAAACCACAACAUUUCCCAUUUUUAAGCAAGAAGAAGCCAUACGAGCGGCCAAAAGUCGUGAAGUUCUGCAGUAUAUGAAUUUAAGCGUUAAUCCCUGUGAGGAUUUCUAUGAGUAUGCCUGUGGAAAUUGGCCGAAAUUCCAUGCACCGCCGGUGGGCAAAGAGGAUAGUGGCCAGACAAUCAAAACAAUUCUGGAGGAGAAAAUCGAAGAGGAUCUCCACAAUUUAUUGGAUGAAAAUGUAACGUUGGAGGAUAGUUCGGCAGCGCGAAGAGUCAAGGUGUUCUAUAAAAGUUGUCUGGAGGCACGUCAGGGUGAGCCCUCACAUCAGGCGUUCCUGAGCGACUUUAUCAAGUCUAAUGGCGGCUUUCCUGCCAUACCUGGCUCCAGUUGGUUGGCACAUCACCACAACUAUGACUGGCAACAUGUGGUGGCCAUUUUGCGUUACCACUAUGGCCUGAGCGUACUCAUUGGCAUGGAGGUGGACAACAAUUACCAGACCAUGGAGGAGAAUAGUUUGUAUCUGCAGGAACCCUCCACAAUGAUGCCACGUUCCUUGUGUAAUGCCAGGACAGCACAACAGAUAGAUGUCACCGACAAGACCUAUGACUGGGUGGAACAGGAGGUAGCCGACAAUCUACGGCUAUGGCUGUCCAUGAAGAAGGAGGAUGCCCUUCAUGUGGCUGCUGAUAUGGUAACCUUCGAACAUGAUCUGUGUAAGGCCAUGUAUGUGAACUCCUCCAGCCAAGAUGAAGAGGAAGAAUUCAUUGGCAGCCUUAAGCCCGAGAAUCGUACCCGAGAAUAUCCACGCAAAAGUUUGAAUCAUUUCACGCAGCAGUUCAACAACACCCUGGACUUUAAUGCCAUUGUUUCGAACAGUUUUGGAGUGGGGGUUACGAAACCGGUUUUCAUGAAAAGUCCCAAAUAUUUUGAACAACUGAUUCAGGUCAUUGAGGAGACGGAGGAAUACAACAAGACCGUGGUGGCCAACUACAUUAUGUAUCGGGCUCUGACCUAUUUCAAUUUCCCCCUAAAUGAUACACCGCGCAACAGACCCGCCUAUUGUCUGCAGGUGGUGAAGAAAUAUUUCCCCAAGGUCUUGGGGGACAUCUACUAUCGCAAAUAUGCCAAUACCUUGGAUCAACACAAAUUGGCCAGGGUCUUCGAGCAGCUCAAGAAGAUAAUGGAAGAAUCCCUCAACCAGGAAUGGAUCGAGGAGGGUACCAGACGAUUGGGCAAGAAGCGUCUCUCCAAAAUGUCACUGCAAUUUCCCAGCUAUGAAAAAUUCACCCUGAACUUGGAAUUUGUGCGCAAUGACUUUUGGAAAAAUCUGCGCAUGAUCAUGGGCGAGGUGAGGGCACACGAAGUAAAUCGUCUAUUUUCGGCCGAGAAACCCAUGCCCAAGGAUGAGGUACAGGCCUAUGAAACGAGAAUGGUCUAUAGGCCCUAUCAUCAAUGCAUCGACAUUGGCUGGGGGGUGCUGCAGGCCCCCUAUUACCAGGCUGCCCUACCCCAUGGCAUGCGCUAUGCCAUGAUUGGCCAGAAACUGGGACAGACCUUGGCCACAGCAUUCGAUGACCUGGGCUGGACGGCCGAUAAUCCUGAUCACAAAGUUUGGGACUCCCACACCGCGGUGGAGUACUACAAAAAUGCCAACUGCUUUACCGAGCAGAUUGGCAACUAUUUGCACAAUGACCCCUACAGCUAUCACAAUGCCACCAAAAUUCGCCGACUCAUAGCCCAGAGUGUGGGCUUGAAUGUGGCCUUCAAUGCCUAUUUGGAUUGGUUGUUCUACAAAAAUCCCAGCAAUGACAAUGAAAUGCUUUCCAAGGAGACUCUGCCCGAGCUGGACUUUACCAAUACCCAGUUAUUUUUCAUAGGCUUUGCCCAGGCCCAUUGUGAGUCGCGCAAGAAACCCAAGAAAUUGGAUCCCCUGAAACACUACCGCAUUAGUCCCUAUAGCAAACAUAGCCUGUCGCGAUAUCAGGUCAAUGGUCCUUUGGCGAAUUUCAUAGAAUUUGGACGAGAGUUUCACUGUCCCAUCGGAAGUGAAAUGAAUGUGGCGGAUAAGUGUGUUAUUUAUUAAAAACAAAAAGCGAAUUAGAAUAAAGAAAAAUA